AUGUCGAAUAAUCCAAUCCCCAUUGUUGAUUUCGCGCCGUUCUUAGACGGAUCUGCGAAACAGCAGACUGCAGAUCAGCUCCUCGGGUCGUUCAAAUCGUAUGGAUUCUUAUACCUCACGAAUUUCGGUAUAUCGAACGAAGAGGUCCAAGAGAUGUUUGAUUUGUCGAAGCGUUUUUUUGCUCUUCCGCACGAAAGCAAAAUGCUCGCGCCUUAUCCAGAAGCUAGAACCCAUCAUCGAGGUUACUCCUUCCCCGGCCGGGAGAAACUCCCGGAUGCGGGAGAUGUUGCUGAAAUGCCACUCCCAAGCGUGAAAGAGACGUUUGACAUCGGGCGUGAGGACGAUGAUUCAAUGCUAAACGUCUGGCCGCCCGAUCACAUCCUCCCCGGCUUCAAGGAAUUGUGUUUGGCGUUCUAUUGGAAAUGCCAUGAAGUUGAGAAGAACAUCCUUCGCGCGCUCGCGCUGGGUUUCGGCUUGGAGGAGGAGUGGCUUGUGAGGCAUCAUAGGAUGCCAGAUAAUAAUCUGAGACUGCAACACUAUCCCAGCAUCCCCCUCGAAUCUGUCCUUACGAAGAAGGUUGCACGGAUCUCGAAUCAUACAGAUUAUGCUUCGCUUACAGUCCUCUUUCAAGACAACGUGGGGGGCCUCGAAGCCGAGGAUCCGAAUGAGCCUGGGAGGUAUUUGGCGGUAUCGCCAAUUCCGAACUCGGUCGUUGUUAACGCAGCGGAUUUCUUGCGGCGAUGGUCGAACGACGUGAUACGGAGCCCGAUGCAUGGCGUCCGCGCACCGCAAGAUAUGGUAACGGAGGAUGGCAUGCUUCCAGAUCGAUAUUCUAUCCCCUACUUCUGUGCUGCCGACUUUUCCACAGUCGUUGAUACGAUCCCUGGUACAUGGUCAGCAGAUUAUCCCAAGAAGUAUGAACCCAUGUCGGUGGGAAAGUAUAUGUUGAAGCGGCUUGCCGAUGGUUAUUAA